AAGUGCAAAGCCGGAGGUGGAAUUAGGUUAUCCCCCAGGGGUGGGUAGACGAGAGGCCCUGUAGGAGGGGGAGAAAAAAAAAAAAAAAAGACAGAAGAUCGUGGCUACAACUGUGAACCGGAUACCGAUUCUCUUAGAACUCAGAGAAACAGCCGAAGGGAAGAGCGUCUCAUCCCCUUCCUCCUCUCCUCCCUCUCCUCCCUCUCCUCAGCCCUCGCCAUGGCUGAGGCAGGGGCUGGGCUGAGUGAGACCGUCACCGAGACGACGGUUACCGUGACAACCGAGCCCGAGAACCGGAGCCUAACCAUCAAACUUCGUAAACGGAAGCCGGAGAAAAAGGUAGAAUGGUCAAGUGACACUGUGGACAAUGAGCAUAUGGGGCGUCGUUCAUCAAAAUGCUGCUGUAUUUAUGAAAAACCGCGGGCCUUUGGUGAGAGCUCCACUGAAAGUGAUGAGGAGGAAGAGGAAGGCUGUGGUCAUACACACUGUGUACGAGGCCAUCGACAAGGACGUCGUCAUACAACUCCAGGAGCCACCCCUACUACCCCUCCUCAGCCUCCUGACCCCUCCCAGCCUCCUCCAGGGCCAAUGCAGCACUAAAUUCCUCUCCCCUACGAUUCCUGUGUCUGUCUGGCCCUGAAUGUAUCCAUGUGGCUACCUGAAACUAAACCCUUGGUUUGAUCCCUUCUCUAGCCCCCUCCUUCCCUCUCUGUCUGAUAGGGAGAAGAGGAAGAGGAGGCCUGACUUGCUGCUAUUCCAGAACCCAGGCCUUUGGGUUCCCCUCGCCCUCAUUGCAGCCCCCUAACCCCCAGUUCCCACUCUUGUAGGGAUCUAGGCACCUUGGUCCCAAUUUCUUCCCUUUAUUUUCACUGCCAAACUGCCUGUCCUGGGACCCAGUUAUCUUGGCCUCCUGCACUGUCAACACGAGUCCCAAACACUGAAAUUGGGUUUUCAAUGAUCCCAGCUGUCACUGCCAGGGUCCCAGUCGGAUUCAAGGCAAUUUUGCUCCAGCUCUGCUUGUUAUUCCUGGCUUAAACAUCUAUUUAUGCACAUAUAUAGUCUAAUUCUUAGUCCUUGCCUGUGGGAUAUGAGAAUUUAUGGGAGACCACAGGGCUCUGAGCACUUCCCCUGCCAAUCUAUUCUGCCUUUAAAAGGAGACUGUAGGGAGGUCUUUGCCAGUCAUUCCCACCUCUAAUGAAAAGUGUAACAGGAAAUAGUCUUGUCCCCACCCUAUUUGACCUAGGUUUCCUGGCAAAGAUAGCUUGAGACUGAUCACUUGCGUAAAAGGAUUUUCUAAGCCUUUGGUGGUUCAGCUUUGGAGACAUCUAGUACAGCUCUACAGCCUGGGUUGCUGGAAGAGGAAAGCAACGGGAGACAGCAAAGAGAAGGGGCAUGGCCCCUGUACUGUACUCCUACCCCUUCCUUCCUAAGCUUUGAUGUCUCUACUAACCCAAACAUUCAGCUGCCUCAGCCCUCCCUACCCUGCACGGGGAUCUGGUUAUCAUUUACCAGGCCCCUUGCCGUGCACAGUUGCAGAGAGAUCAAUCAAAUCUUUACCACCACUGAAAUCUCAUUUAUUGCCACAAAUGCACAAAAUAAAUAACCCAACAUCA